AAAGAAUAUAAUUAUUGCUCCAACCGAAGGCCACAAAAAAUAUUUAAUAUUUAAACUACAUUGGUUAAAGUGCAAAUAACUAGUAUAAUUUGCCAAAUGACGCUAUUUAUCAGAAAAUCGGUCCAGGAAACGGCUCUUUUGUGUCUGCCUCAUAUAAAUAGUGUGAUGGCGUUUUUAGCACGACAUUGUGAAUUGGUUUGUAAUAAUAAAAUGGUUGCCAUGAGUUACUUGUUGAUUGGGCUUGUGUUAGUAAUAUCGAACGUAUCUGCUGGGUCUGAAGAUGAUGUGAUGUCCUGCCUAGAACUUUUCAAUCCUGAGGGUGUUGACAAGAUGUGCUGCGAAUCUUUGGAAAGCUUCGAUGACCUGAAUAAAGACUACGAUGAAUGUCUCACAUCAGACUCGGAGGAGUGGAUGUGCGAAGACUUCCAAUGUAUUCUGAAGAAGACGGGAAUCAUGAAAGACGAUGCUAUCGAUGAGGAAGGUGCUAAGAAGUUUUAUGAUAAACUGGAGAAAGAUUAUCCUAAAGAGAAAUCCUUUAUAGAGAGACUAAGGAAGGAGUGUCUAAAUGGCAAAUAUGCGACCUACCCUCCCGAAGAUUCCUGCCCUGCCGUCAAGUUCUAUGUCUGCACUUAUAUCAACAGCUUCCUGGGAUGUGAUUCAUGGAAGAAACUCGACGUGUGUCAAGAAAUGGCUGAAAACGCGAAAAAAUGCAAAAAAGCGCUUGGACAAUGAUCAAACAACCAUUAAAUUAUCUACAGACUCCGACGAUAUUAACUAUGCUCUAGGAUUGUAUUGCAAUUUUUUCCUACUUAACUACCUACAUAAACAUAAUAUUUGAUACAAAUAUAUAGGUACACUAGCGGACGCCCGCGACUUCGUCUGCGUAAAAUUCGAUGUCAAUUUUACUACUACCCCCUAACCUAACCUAACCUACCCUACCCCUACCAUACCCCUACCCUAUCACUACCCCAACCCUACCACUGCCCCAACCCUACCCCUACCCUACCCCUACCUUACCUAUACCCUACCCCAAUCCUACCCGUACCCUCCCCGUACCCUAUCCCUUUCCUACCCCUAUCCCACCCGUACCCCUAUCUCACGCCUAUCCUACCCCUACCCUGCCACUUCCCUAUCCUACCCGUACCUCUACCCUACCACUACCCUACCUCUACCCCGACCCUACCACUACCCUAAACCCGGCCCUAAACCUACCCUACCCCUACACUACCCCUACGCUUCCCUACCCGUACCCUAACCUACCCUGUAACUUCUCUAUCUUACUCCUACCCUUAGCAAAAUCGGUCCAGUCCUUCGAGAGUGGUGGUAUGACCAAGAGAAAUAGAGACUUCUAUGCUAAUAAUAUAAAGAGGUAAAGUUCGUGUGGUUGUAGGAGGUAAUCUCUGGAUCUACUGGACCGAUUUGGAAAAUUGUUUUACCAAUAGAAAGCUACGUUAUUUGCGAGUGUCCAAGGCUAUGUUUGAUCCCCAUAUUCACACGGGAACGGGAACUACGUAAAUGAAAGCGCCGGGCGUCAUAUAGUGGAAUUUCUGCGUCUUUUAGAAAUUUUGUAUUAUCUCCGAAACUAUUUAAGUAAUUAACAUACUGUAAAGGGCAAAUCUUAUCUCCAUAAUACCCUUGUGAUUAUUAAAUAAUUUAUUUUAAUAAGGAUUAAAGUUUAGUUGUAUAAAUAAUGACGUAAACCUAAGUAUAUAAAAUUAAUAAUUUUUAAAACACAAAAGGCCUUUUUUCUUCUAUAUAUCAGCUAAUAUAUAGAAGAUAGAUAUAUGGUGUCGCGGACUUUUUUGUAGAACUUUUAAAGAUACAUAAAGUCUCCAUAUAUUAAUUUCAAUUUUACACAAUAGUUAAGGCAGCGCAUGCGAAUAAGUCUGUAUAAGAGGAUUUUCAGUCCGACCUGUAUGACAAAAACUGUGAUAACUCGGCUAAUAUAUAUGAUACCAAUAUAAAAUAUAACCUAUAGCACUCCCCGAUAAUGUAGCAUUCUACUGGUGAAAGAAUUUUUAAAAUCGGACCAGUAGUUCCUUCAAACUUACAAACUUACAAACUUUACCUCUUUAUAAUAUUAGUAUAGAUAGUAUAGAUUAGUAUAGACUACGUAUGUAUAUCUUUUACAAAAUUAAGUUAACACAAAACACUAUAAUUACACUUACUAAGUUUUAAUUAAUUUAUAUACACAACAAUCGAAAUAAUACCAUAAAACGAAAUAAUAACUAAUUACACGAAAUACGUAUGACGAAAGUCGAAAGUCGAAACGAAACGAAUAAAAUAAAAUUACAAA